AUGAUUGCUGCGGGAUACCGCAUUACCAUGGAUACUGAUUUUGACAAUGCCUUUGUUGUGCAUUGCAAUGGAGACAGACAGAUGCGAUUUGUGAAUCGUAAGGGUGUAUAUGUGUUGGAGCAACUUGGAGCGGAUAUCGAACCAGGUGCCAAAGAGACAAGUGCGAUGUAUCGUCGCCAGUUAAACAGCGUAAAUAAACAACCCCAUCUCGAACUUUCUUCAAAACAGAAUGGAUAUGCUGGACUUGGGAUGCUCCGGAGUGGAAAUGGCACUUCUGGUACUACUGAUGUACCCGGCUCUUAUGUGGUACGAGGCAGAUCUGUUGCUGAUGGACGAUCUAACGGUAGAAUUACAGGAUGGAACCUUGCACAAGUACGUGUAAGACCGAUUCUGAAGAAGAAAGCAGUCUCCACUGAAGACAGAGGAGAGUUGCUAAUGAAGAAAUGGCAAGCACAACUAGAAGCUGCCAGUACUUUCAAGGACGAUGACAGCAUGGUCAGCGAUGGAAGCUUGAACAUGCAGAUCUACAAGUCGACCUCGAAGAUGGAUUCAUUGAAGCACUGUUCUCAAUGGACCAAAGACAACAAGAAACCUUUCAAGUCCAAUGGAAGUAAGCACUGGGAUAUCGAUCUUGGUGUGCAUCUUGAUUCUGGAUCUACGUUUAGCCUACGAAUGAACGAAGAUUACGCCAAACCGGGCACUGUGUCUGACCUGGAUUACAUGUUCUACGGUACGAACACUGGCCAACGUGAUCUGCAUCAGCAGGUCGAAUCAAGUAUUAUCGACGGACACACUUGCUUGCUUGAUACUGAAGCGCAAUGUAACCUUGAUAGUUUAUCCGAGCUUGUGAAGCUUGGAUUCCGUGACGUUAUGGACACUGAUAUUGAAAACUCCUUCAUCGUUACGAAGGGGGAACAACGAAUGAGAUAUGUGCAUCGAAACGGAUUGUAUACUUUUGUACCCGAUGGUAGGGCAGAAAGUGAUGAGGGAUCCGAAUACUCAUGGUGUGAUAUACUGAGUUUCAGUACCUAG